UCUCUCUCUCUCUCUCUCUCCCUGGCUGUCUCUUUCUGUCUCUCUCUCUCUCUCUCUCCCUGGCUGUCUCUUUCUGUCUCUCUCUCUCUCUCUCCCUGGCUGUCUCUCUGCCUGUCUCUCUCUCCUCUAAUCAAUCGCGAAUUGAGAGCAAAGUUCCCGCGGUUGCUUUGGGCAAAAGUUUCUUACAUGGACUUUAUGUAACUUGGACACAACACAACACGCAAGAGUUAUCAGCUAAAAGGACCACACUAUGGCUCGGCUUGUUGCUGUGAUUGGAGGAGGAACCUCUGGCUUGACCUGCAUAAAGUGCUGUUUGGAUGAAGGUCUGGAGCCAGUGUGCUAUGAGAGCAGUGAUGACAUUGGAGGACUUUGGAGGUUUAAGGAGACCCCAGAGGCUGAACGCUCCAGCAUAUACCGGUCACUGGUUGUAAAUACCUCAAAAGAGAUGAUGUGCUUUAGUGAUUUCCCCAUGCCAGCACACUAUCCGAACUACAUGCACCACUCCAUGAUGCUGAAAUAUUUACGGCUGUAUGCCGAGCACUUUGACCUGCUCAAGUACAUUCGUUUCCAGACAACAGUGCUCAGUGUGAGACAGAGGCAUGACUUCUCUGACAAAGGUCAGUGGGAGGUGGUAACUGAGGACACAGGUGGACACAGAGGAACACAAGUGUUUGAUGCGGUACUUGUGUGUUCGGGGAGCUUCACACACCCUGUUACACCCCUCUCAGCAUUUCCUGGAAUAGACACAUUUCCUGGGAAGUGUUCUCACAGUUGGGAAUAUAAGGAUCCACAUUCAUUCCAUGGGAAGAAGGUGGUGGUUAUUGGCGUUGGUAACUCUGGUGGAGACAUUGCUGUAGAGAUCAGCAGAGUGGCAGAGAAAACUUUUCUGAGCAUGCGUGAAGGAGCAUGGGUUGUGGGCCGUAUGUCUGCUGGUGGUCUGCCUUUGGACAUGAACAUAGUUACACGCCUGAACGCCCUUCUGCUGCAACUGUUUCCUCCUGCUUUGCUCAACUGGGCAGUGGAGAGAUCUUACAAUCAGAAAUAUAACCACAGGCUGUACGGACUGCAGCCCAGCUACAGGAUACUCAGCCAGCGUCCCGUCAUUAAUGAUGACCUACCAGGACGCAUCCUUCAGGGGGCUCUGCAAGUGAAACCAAACGUGCGAGAGUUCAGAGGCUCGACUGUUGUAUUUGAUAAUGAGGCAGUUGAAGAAGGGAUAGAUGCAGUUGUUUUCUGUACAGGAUACAAGGCAAGCUUCCCAUUCUUACUCCCCUCACAGAACAGUGACCCUGUGGGGAAAGUGAGCCUCUACAAAAAAGUCUUCCCUCUGUCCCUAGAACGCCCCACACUUGCCUUUAUAGGAUUAAUCAACGCAAAGGGACCUCUAAUGCCUGUAAUGGAAAUGCAGGCACGAUGGGCCACUCGAGUCUUUGCAGGUUUAAACCAACUUCCUCCUGUAUCAGUAAUGCAAAAGAUCACAGAAAAAGCCUGGAAGGCAAAUAUGAAAAGAUAUUGUUGUCCACAGAAAGCUACUCUCGAGGUGGACUAUAUCCCUUACAUGGAUUCCAUCGCACAGGAAAUCGGGGUGCGUCCCUACCUCUUGAGGUUGUUCUUGACUGAUCCUGGUUUGGGUUUUAGGGUUCUGUUCGGUCCCUGCACACCGUACCAGUUUCGGCUGAGUGGGCCAGGUCGCUGGGAUGGGGCUCGUCAGGCCAUCCUCACCCAGUGGGAGCGCGUAACCCAGCCAUUCAAGACACGCCCCAUUCCAGAGGAUAAAACUUCUACACUACGUUACUGGCUCGGUCUGGCAGGAGGGGUGAUGCUGAUUUUUGCUCUCAUUGACUUGCAGAAAAGAAAUAAACCUUUCUUCUGUUUAGUAUGACCUUCAUAGCAUAGUCUGCUCUAGAGAUUUGCAUUAAUCAGAAUCAGAAUCAUUUUUAUUGCCAGGUACUGUAGGAUUUACAUAUACAAGGAAUUUGUCUUAGUGUGCUGGUGCAUAGUAAAUAAAUAAGUAAUAAAGAAAAAUAAAUAAUUUUACACACAAACUAGAAGCUAUAAGGCUAUGUUUAAACGUUGAGGUAUAGCAACAGUUUAGAAAACAAGAAAAAUUAAAAUAAGAAUAACAACACUAACAAUAUAUUAGUGCAGGAUGUGCAAAAAGACCAGUGCAAAUGCUACAUACCAUGAAAUUGGGACAAUAACUGUAAAAUAGUGUAGGAUAUACAGAGUGAACCAGUGCAAAUGUUCACAGUAUGAGCUGCAAAUGUUCACAGUAUUUGUGAACAUUUUGUGUUGUAUGCGAGUUGUGUGCGUUAACGUAACAACAGAAAAGCGAAGUUGUUUGUUAUUGUUCAGAGUGGUGAGUAAGUGACCAUGUAGGGCCCUGGAUGUUGUUAAUGAGGCCAGUAACAGAUGGAAAGAAACUGUUUUUGUGGCGUGAAGUUUUAGUCUUCAUGGACCGCAGUCUUCUGCCAGAUGGGAGUGCCUCAAAAAGAUUGUGUCCAGGGUGAGAGGGGUCGGCCACAAUCUUAACUGCCCUCUUCAGGGUCCUGGAAGUGUAUAGGUCCUGGAGAGGAGGCAGAUUGCAGCCAAUUACAUUCUCAGCAGAGCGAAUGACCCUCUGCAGUCUACUUUUGUCCUUAGCAGUGGAAGCAGCAUACCAAAUGGUGAUGGAGGAGGUGAGUGUAGACUCAAUAAUGCUGGUGUAGAAGUGCACCAUCAUUGUCCUUGGAAGGUUAAACUUCUUUAACUGUCUCAGGAAGUACAUCCGCUGUUGAGAUUUUUUAAUCAGUGUGUUGAUGUGUAACUCCCACUUGAGGUCCUGGGUGAUGAUGGUUCCCAGGAAGCGGAAGGAGUCAACAGUACUGACUGGUGAGUCACACAGGAUGAUAGGGGUGAGUGGGGCAGGGUUCUUCCUGAAGUCUACCACCAUCUCUACUGUUUUCGCAGCGUUGAGCUUCAGGUUGUUCUGGUUGCACCAGGACACCAGACGGUCAAUCUCCCUCCUGUAGGCAGACUCAUCCCCUUCAGAGAUGAGUCCAAUGAGGGUGGUGUCAUCUGCAAACUUCGGUAAUUUGACGGACUGGUGACUGGAGGUACAAUUAUUCGUAUACAGAGAGAAGAGUAGAGGAGAAAGAACACAGCCUUGGGGGGAGCCAGUACUGAUGGUCCAAGAUUCAGAGACAUAUUUUCCUAGUCUCACCUGCCGCCUCCUGUCAGUCAGGAAGUCUGUGAUCCAUCUGCAGGUGGAGUCAGGAACACUAAGCUGGGAGAAUUUGUCCUGAAGCCACACACAAGAUCCUAACAUAGGUGCCUGGGAAAUCCAGAUGCUGGAGGAUGAAGUGAAGGGCCAUGUUAAUUGCAUCAUCAACAGACCUGUUGGCUCUGUAGGCAAACUGCAGGGGGUCUAGUAGUGGGUCUGUGAUGGAUUUGUGGUGGGUCAGCAUGAUGCGUUCGAAGGACUUCAUGACCACAGAUGUCAGGGCAACAGGUCUGUAGUCAUUAAGUCCCGUGAUCCUGUGUUUUUGGGGACUGGGAUGAUGAUGGAGGUCUUAAAGCAGGCUGGCACAUGGCAUAUCUCCAGCGAGGUGUUAAAGAUGUCUGUGAAUACUGGAGCUGAUCAGCGCAGUGCUUCAAGAUAGAUGGAUGGAUAGAAUGAGUUCUACUCAGUCAUUGUCACUUGAUAAUGGUAAUUCUCCACAAAUAAAAAUCAUGUGAAUGAUUUAGUAAGAUGUAGCAAGACCAUUGGUGAACAAGUUUUUUUAGUCUUGCCAAAUGUUGAAUUGAGGACUGGACUUUGACUGAUCAUUUUAAAACAUCCAAAUUGCUGGUUUUAAACCUAUUAGCUGUGCUGAUAUUGGUACAUAAUCAAAAUAAGGCCUGAACAGAUAAAAUCUGCAUAACAACAGAUAGACUACAGUAAUAUUAUAUGUACAAAAUGGUCUACUGUAUUAACAGAUCUUAUAUAAAAUGACCAGUGAGUGUAGAAACAAGGUAGAUGUAGCUACAAAAGUGGCAGGUAUUGUUAUCAACUACAUAACUACAACAAAAUAAUAACAAAAAUUGUGAGCCAUAUAUUUUAUUUGAACUGUUUGUUAGUGAUUAAAACAUAUUUUUUAAAUAUUGUGUUUUUGAUGAAAAAUGUAGUAAAAUGGGAAAAUGGUCAUCUUACACUUUGGCCUAGUCACUAUACAGUACACCAGUGCCCUCUUACACAGAAAGUGCACAUUAUCACAGCAGAUUUAUCUUAUCAGAUUCACGUUAUAAAAAUCAGACAUCUGACAAGCAUUGAUUCAGAGAAAAUCUAGAUGAAAGGGUGCUCUGGAGGUAUACAAGCAAGAAUUACAUAAAAGUAAAUGAAGAAGAAAGGGAUAUGAAUGCAGUGAGGGCUUGGGUUAAAAAAAAAAGACCAUAUUAAAAUAUUAAAGGUAACUGAAAGAUCAAGGUAUGUUUUGUGAUUAAAAACCAUGUCUGUAUGUGUGUGUGUGUACCUUUGGCCUCAAACCAGCAUAAAUUCUUCACUUGCACACUUUGUACACUACCAGGACCAGAGUCAGGUGUAUGAUCAACCAAUUAUACCAAGCAGAUGCUAAUGAUUAUCAGUUUCAUAUGUAGGUUGAAACACAAUCAUUAACUGAAACACAAACAGCUGUGUAAGGGCUUAAAACUAUUUGAGGCUACUACACAUAGCCUCACAUACUAGUACUGCUACUAAGGUGAGGUUGUGGAAUACAGUCUUGUCACAGGUCAUACACAAUGGCAAGACUGAGCACAGGAACAAGACACAAGGUAGUUAUACUGCAUCAGCAAGGUCUCGUCCAGGGCCAUGUGUCUCCUUGCUGGUGUUACUUGAUCUUACUGCAGUUUUUGACACCAUUGACCACACUAUACCAAUUGAUAGACUAGACUUAUCCUCUAGUUGGCCAAGGAAACAUAAUGCAGCAGAUGAAAGACACAUCAUGCUUACUUCUCUUCAACACUGGAAGAUGUCCAUCAGUGCCAUCAGCAAAGAAGUGGUGGAAACCAGUGGGACCCAGGUACACAUCUACUGUCCGGAAAAGUCUGGCCAGAAGUGGUCUUCAUGGAAGAAUUGUGGACAAAAAGCCAGAGCUCCGACAUUUAAACAAGGCUACAUGACUCAACCGGGGUGCAGAAAAAUGGCAGCAGGUGCUCUGGACUGAUGAAUCAAAGUUUUAAAUAUGUGGCUUAAGCAGGAGGUUAUUUGUCAAAGGGCUGGAGAACGAUGGCAACAAUGAAGCAUACAGGAGGUUCCUUGCAAUUUUGUGGCUGCCAUCUGGGAGGUGUCUGAUUGGCCCCAAAAUUUAUUCUGCAGCAGGACAACAACCCCACACAUACAGCAACUGUCAUUAAGAACUAUCUUCAAAAGAACAAGGAAUUCUGGAAGUGAUAGUUUGGCCCCCAAAGUGCCCUGAUCACAGAAUCAUCAAGUCUGUCUGCGAUUACAUUAAGAGUCUGAAGGAUUUGAUGCAGACUACAUCCACAAAAGAUUUGUGGUUAGUUCUCCAAGAUGUUUGGAACAACCUACCUACCAUGUACAAGUAGAAGAAUUGAUGCUAUUUUGCAGGCAAAGGGUAAUCACACCAAAUAUUGAUUUGAUUUGGAUUUCUCUCAUGCUUAUUUACUUUCCAUUUUGUUAACUAAUAAAAAUAAACUAUUAAUA